CAAUCAAAAUUGAUUAAAUAUGAAUCGAAUAGUAGUGAUAAUAAUAAAAUUAAACGUGGUUCAAAACGUAAAUCGAAUGCAAAUUCAACGAUCGAUAAUAAUGAUGAUGUGAAUGAUGAUCGAAAAUUAAUGAUGAACAUUUCACAUAAUAAUGAUUCAAAUUUUAUGGAUCAUCUGUUACAAUUAUAUAGUUUUAAUCGUGAAAAUUAUUUAAAAUUUUUACAACAACAAAUUCCACAAUUAUCAUCAUCAUCAUCAUCAUCAAUGAAUUCUACAACCAAUCAAUCGAUACGUAUGAUGAUGAAAAAUACUGAUGGACAAGAUGACCACCACAAUCGUCAGCAACAACAACAGCAACGAUCAUCACCAUCAUCAUCAUCACCAUCGUCAUGUAAUCAACAACAAAUAAAAAAUCAUGCCGAUAAUGAUGAUGAUUUGGAAAAUGAAAAUCAUGAAAUACCGGUCAAUAAUAGCAUGGACAACAACAAUCAUCAUCGUCGUCGUACAAUAAUAAAUUUUUCACAAAUAGUGAUGAUGGUAUAAAUGAUGAUGAUCAAUAUAAGACAAUCCGUAAUCGUGAUCAUUCAUCGAUUAUUGAUCAACAACAACGACAACAACAACAACAACAAUCAUCGUCAUCAUCAUCA